AUGGAGCGUGUGCCUGGAUCGUUUGGCACCAGCGUCAGUUUCGUUCUUCGUAUCUUCCAACUCGGGUUCUCUUCAGCUUCUCUAAUCUCCAUGUGCUUGGAUUACAAUUUGUACGAAGUCACAACCUUCUGCUAUUUGGCGGUUGUAAUGGCUUAUGUAAUUCUAUGGAGCAUCUUACACGCGUUGGCCGAUACAUACUCUGUCUUAGUGAAACAACUUCCUCACAAACCUAGAGUUCUAUCCACAGUUCUCGCCGGUGAUGUUGUACUGUCGUUUCUUUCUCUAAGUGGGGCUUGUGGUGCAGCCAGUGCAACCGAAAUGCUUUUGUCUAUUGAUGCAGCCAUGUGCGGAGAUAGCAGAUGUAUCAAAUACCAAGUCUCGGCUCUACUGGCCUUCUUGUGUUGGACUCUGUUUCUUGAUUCAGCUAUUUUCAAUCUUUGGAGCUUUUAUUCACUAUUCUAUUGA